AUGACAUCCCCAUUGAUUCAACCCGAAAAAUUUCAACACAUUCUUCGUGUUUUAAACACCAAUAUUGAUGGUCGACGAAAAGUUGGAUAUGCUUUAACAGCCAUCAAAGGUGUUGGUCGUCGUUUUGCUCAUGUUGUCAUUCGUAAGGCCGAUGUUGACGCCACAAAACGUGCCGGUGAAUUGACCGAAGAAGAAGUUGAACGUGUCAUCACGAUUAUCGGUAAUCCACGUCAAUAUAAGAUUCCAGAUUGGUUUCUCAACAGACAAAAAGAUAUUAAAGAUGGCAAAUUCUCUCAAGUUACAUCGAACAAUCUUGAUACCAAAGUUCGUGAUGAUUUAGAACGCAUGAAAAAGAUCCGUGUUCACCGUGGUCUUCGUCACUAUUGGAAUUUACGUGUACGUGGUCAACACACAAAAACAACUGGCCGACGUGGUCGCACUGUUGGUGUCUCGAAAAAGAAAGCAUUUGUACUUUGUUUAAUUUGUCGAAUAAUGACACAAUUUCUGCCUCCAAAUCUUCUGGCAUUAUUCACACCGCGUGAGGCAAUUCCAUUUCUACCGCCGACGGACAAACUGCCACACGAAAAGAAACGCUUACCGUAUGGAGGUUUAUCAGAUUUUAUGAAUAUAUUUGAAGAAGCAUAUGAAACGCCGCCACCGACGAGAAUUGAAACAAAAGAAGAAAAGAUUGCCCGAAAAGCUCGAGAAAAAAUGGAAAAAGCAGCUGAGAAACUCGAACAAGACGCAGCUUUAUGGGAUCCAAAUAGUAAUGAGAAAGCAACUGCAGAUCCAUACAAAACGUUAUUCGUUGCCAGAUUAAAUUACGACACAUCAGAAAUGAAAUUAAAACGCGAAUUCGAAGUCUAUGGCAAGAUUAAAAGUAUAAAUUUAGUUCAUGAUAUACAAACGGGCAAACCACGUGGUUAUGCAUUUAUUGAAUAUGAAAAAGAAGCUGAUAUGCACGCGGCAUACAAACGAGCGGAUGGACGCAAAAUUGAUGGCCGACGUGUUGUUGUGGACGUUGAACGAGGUCGAACAGUCAAAGGUUGGCGACCAAGACGAUUAGGCGGCGGUCUCGGCUCAACACGUCGUGGUGGUCCGCCUGGCGGCAAACGUGCCGGAGGUGACGAACGACGCCGAUCUGCAUCACGCGAUCGAAAACGACGAUCAAGAUCUCGAGAUCGCCGACGAAGUCGAAGUCGCGAACAUAAACGCCGUCGAACUCGUUCACGUUCAAAUGAACGCCGUUCUGAUCGCCGUUCAUCACGAGAUCGUCAAGAUUCUUCAAGACGUCGUUCACGUGACCGUGAUCGUGGUCGGCGAACGGGUAACAAUCGCGGUGAGAAUGAAACGCAUAAUAACGGCAACGGGCCGCAUGAUACACUUGGAAUAGACGAUGCUUAUUAA